UUCCAAUACAUUCUCCUGGUAUCAAGGCACUUGACUAUCUUCAUCAAAUGCGAAUGUGUCCGGGACUUGCUCUCAGAUGCAGAAUACCUCCGCCCUGUAAACGAAGACGUACCGGUGUCCCUUGCACCUCACUGCAAUUUCUCUCCGCUUAUUAGGCACAGUUCACCACUGCUGCCCCUCGCGACCCAUUCCGCCAAACCAGCAUAAACACACCCUUUUCUGGGGUCUGACAAGAAGGUCUCAUUCCAUACUAUUCAGUUUCCCCUGCAAACCUUAUCUAUCGAUCAAGUAUCCUGCGUGGGUUCCUGGAGGACUUUGUGCCAGGCUUUUACCCAUCUGAGUUAAAACAUCAUUCUUCCCCACACAUUGAGACCCCAAAAUCAUGGCUAGCGCUACCAGAGUCAUCCGUGGUCAGCCACCUUCGCCGCCCGAAUCGACAGAUCAGAAUAAGGUGGCCGAUACUAAUCAAGACUCCUAUGGCAUCCUCACCUCACACUACAACCAGCUUGAACCUUGCACAACAGCUGCGGAACUCACUGGAAAUCCUUCGUCGGACGAGUUGAAUUACGAAUCAACCUCAUAUGAUUACAUCUCCCCACCCCCUCCGCAUUUCCUACCCGGUGAAUAUCCACGAAACCUAUCCUUGCAACAUACGAUUGACACGCCACCACCCACAGCAGACGACUGCCAUAUCCCCGGAGGCUUGAAUUCGGCACCGCAGUGGCCAUCGCCUCCAAGCCAAAGGCAGGCCCGGAGGGCAAGAGUUGCCAGACCUCCUAGGAUGCGACGCAAGGGUCAAAAGGUCAAGGACCGAGAGUCGAGGCCUCAUGUCGACAAGCCGCUGAGCGAGUUGACCAAGCACUUGACACACAUUCCAAUCAAGGAUAUGGAAAGCUGGGUACAUCGAUCCGCGGAGAUCCGUCGCCAGGAAGUCGCAAAGAAAGCCGGCAAGAUCGCCCGGCCGAUGAACUCCUUCAUGCUCUACCGGUCUGCAUAUGCAGAGCGAGCGAAAGAAUGGUUCUCGCAGAACAACCACCAGGUUGUGUCGGAGGCUGCUGGUGACAGCUGGAAAUUAGAACCUCCAGCGGUUCGUGGUUUAUACGAGCAUUUGGCGACUGUCGAGAAGAACAAUCACCUCAAAGCACAUCCCGGGUACAAGUUCUCCCCAGCUAAGGAUAAGAAGAAGCGAGCAGGAGUGGAUGAUGAUGAAACCCUGACAAAUACGUUUGACUCAAGCCCAGCCCUGCCCCAAGGCCAUGGGUUGAGCUCGUCAGAGUUGGACAGCAGUGGUUGGGACAGCCGUGAUUCCAGUCCUUUUGAGUUUCCGGAUCACGGCCUGCCUACAGUACCCUAUUACACCGGAUGGCACCCACCUCGUGGAUCUAUCUCAGGUUAUAUGCCUUCUUCUGAUUCAUCCUCAUAUAUAAUGCACGCACCACAAUCAGGUUAUAUGUCUGUCCAGGACGACUUUCGGUUCAAGAGGCCGAGUUUCCAGGAUGUCUCUUACAACACGUCUACUUCCUUGGCAGGAUUGCCAGGAGCAUCUCACCAGGAUCUCCUCCAGCCUGCCAGCUUGGCUUCCACCCCGGGAAGCGGUCAGCUAGACCCUCAACUAUUAACACUCCCGUCUGAACUUCCCAGUUCUAAUCAAAUGUACGGCGUUCAUCAGCCAGUAUGGCAUGAGACGCCGACAGUCAACGGUUAUGUCCCCAUGACAUCCUCAAUGCCGCCAAGCUCAGUCGCCUUUGCUGCGGGUUCGACUUACCAGUCGGAUUUGCAGCAUCUCGAAUGCCGUGACACUUGGGACUCAGCCAAUGAUGGCAAGCUGGAGGGCUCUGCUGGUGACAUCAACUGGAGCCUGUACUGAAAUUGUCAUCAGAGCCACCGUUGCCGCUGUCACAAUUUCCCAAGCGUGAGGUGUUGUCUUCCUCUGUUUCUGGGGGGUGGAUAUCUGUUUUGAACGAGGCAUUGUUUGGAGUUUUGGGGCGCUGGCAUACAUGUGGAUUCGAGACUACUCCAUGUGACUCUUUCGAUGUGCUUAUUCUUACUGGGUAGAUGGCCCUAGGUGGACUUCUGAGUCACAUUUGACUGGCGUUUUCAGGUUGGCUUAAGUUCUGGGUGGCCGUCUCAUUUGGUCGACAUGUUCUGAUACCUUGUGACAAUAUUGGUGCACUGGUUUUUUCCAAAGUAAUAGAAUAGUG